AUGUCGAUUCUAUGGGAGAAGAGCGGAACAUGGAGGUGGAUAGUUAGACAAACGAAGGAAUCCAAGCCGUUCUUCAUCGGAUUCGCGACGGUUUGUGGUGUAGUUCCAGGGAUAAUAGGUUUCUGUGUUAUGUCUGCUACUAAUUCUCGCAGUCCUGAACUUGAAGCUAAGCUAAGGCAGAAUGCUCGUCCUGAAACCCUAAUGAUGGGUAAAGUUAAUAAGGAGAGGUUGGCUGAGUACCUUGGCGAACUUCAGAGGAAGGAGAAUACAAAUGACAGAUACGUUGCAGGAGAGUACCUUGGCGAACUUCCUUAUUGGAGGAAGUAA